AUGAAUGAAAUUCUCAACAGUAAUGGAAUUAUCAUUUGUAAAAACAUUCCUAUUGAUAAAAACAGAUUUGAAAUAACGGAAAUAUUUAGCAAAUAUGGACCACUGCUCGGUGAAGGCAUCCACUUUGGAAAAAAAAACAGCAACAUGUUUUACGUCAAAUUCGUUUACUUCAAGGAUGCUAUAAAGGCGUACGAGAGCUUGAAGGACAAUAAGACAGGCGAAUACGACUUCAGACUAUCGUUUAGCAAAAACGACGAGAUAAAGUAUAGGGCGGUGAAAGGCAACAAGAAGGCAGUCGAGGAACUCAAGUACAUUUACAAAAACAACGAACAGAUAAAAGUAAACGAUGACAUGACCAACGACAUCCUCAACGAAAUAAAUGAGCAAAACACAGAGUUGCUAAGAAAGAAAAAGAAGGAAAAAGAAAUGGAAAAGAAAAAAGACAAAUCCUUUAUUUUGAACCUCCUCACCAAAAUUGAGGAGCCGCAGGAAAGCGAGCAAAGUAUCAGGCUAAAGGCAGAUCUAAAAAAUUACCUCAGCUUGAAUUGUCUCUGUGUAUACAACUUUGACGAAAACAACAAACAUGAUAAUUAUUUAACGCCAACUUUUCCGAAGUGA